AAAACCAGAGAACCAUAUAAACCGUGAGGUGUCUCCCCAGAAACGAAGACGAAGACAGAUUCCAGUCAAAGAGGCAGUUGGGCAUCGACGUGAGCUUUGACGGUACCCUAUCUCCUCCGUUUCCUCUCUCUGUUUCUCCGAACUCCGGGUUUAGCAAGAGACGAGAUUGAAGAAAUCUGGGAUAUUUUUAAAGUAUGAGCAACAAAGAUGAGGCUCUACGAGCCAAAGAUUUAGCAGAAGAUUGGAUGAGCAAGUCAGAUUUCACAACUGCUCGUAGAAUUGCGAUAAAGGCUCAGAAAAUGGAUGCAACUCUGGAGAGUGUUGUUGCUCGCAUGAUUAUGGUGUGUGAUGUGCAUUGUGCAGCAUUGGAGAAAUCUGGUGAUGAGACUGAUUGGUACAAGAUUCUUCAAGUGGAGCAAACUGCAGAUGAAAAUACCAUUAAGAAACAGUAUAAGAAGCUUGCUCUUCAUCUUCAUCCGGACAAAAACAAACUCCCUGGUGCUGAAUCUGCUUUCAAAACUAUUGGUGAAGCUCAGAGGGUUCUUUUGGACAAGGAUAAAAGGAGGUUUCAUGACAUGAGACGAAAACCUGUCUUUAGAAGGCCUGCACCAGCACCAGCACCAGCACCAUCAUUUCAACCACCCCAACAAGCCCCGACCACACCUUUUUUCACUCAGCGUGGUUUCCAGACAAAUGUUAAUGUGGCAAGGAAGAGACCUGAAAACCAGAAGAAACCUCAAGCUCAACCAACUGGGUUUGAUGGUCUCGCCAGCUUUACGACCUCAUGCGCAUUUUGUCACAGGAAGUAUGAAUAUCAAAGGAAAUUAAUCAACACACUGAUGACUUGUUUGAAUUGCGGUAAGCAAUACGUUGCUUUUCAAGAAACUUUCCAACCACCAGUUCAGCCGACUUUCUCCUUCUUCCAACAGAGCAAGGUUCCUACACAAGAGGCAGGCAAGGCAGUGGAGAAGCAGCCAGAAAGUUGUGCUAAAAGUUUUUUUAGUAAAGAGGGUUCUAGAGCAAAAAGCUCUGGUGUUUCUGCUGAGAACAUCAAUGGAAAGAGAAAGAGGAAGAAGGUCGUUGAAUCCAGUGACAGCUCUUGCAGCGAGAGCAGUAUUGACUGCAAUGAAGUUCCAGCUGGUGGACAAGAUUCGGGGUCCAGCGGUGCACAGCAUUCUCGGAGGUCUGUCCGUAGCAAGCAGCAGGUUUCAUAUAAAGAGGAUAAAGAAGAGGAUGCAGAAAGUGCUGAGGAGUCUGAUUUCAGAAAGAAGUCACAUGAGGAUCAACCGUUUACAGAAACCUUGCCAAAUGGUUUAAACAGGACAAAGAAGAGUAAAGCAGCAAAAAAUUCAAGUUCAGGGAGUGCGUCAGAUGCAGAAAUUCAGUGUACUGAUCCUGAUUUCAGUAACUUUGAGAAGUCGAGGGAAGUGACCUGUUUCAAAGCUGGUCAGACAUGGGCAAUCUAUGAUGACAUGGGUGGAAUGCCUCGAUACUAUGCCAUCAUCAGAAAAGUCAUAAGGAAACCUAGUUUCAUGCUCAAAAUACAAUGGCUAGAGGCUGAACCAGAUGAUGAGAAAGCAAACCUGUGGGUUCGUAAAAACUUGCCCAUCUCUAUUGGCAAGUUCAAACUUGGUGGAAAUGAGAACAUAGAGAAAACUCCAUGUUUCUCUCAUAUGAUCUACUUUAAGGUAGGAAGCAUGAAGGAUACUGUCAGAGUAUACCCAAGAAUAGGAGAAACAUGGGCUCUCUUCAAGAACUGGGACAUCAAUUGGUCCUCUGGUCGUCGGCGUUCUUCCCAUGAGCAUGAGUAUGAGUAUGAAUUUGUUGAGAUCCUGUCAGAAUAUGUUGAAGGGGUUGCAAUACAGGUUGCGUUCUUGCGUAAAAUAAAAGGCUUUACAAGUGUAUUCUGUCGAAUUGCACCAGGUGGUGGAUCAGACACAAUUCAGAUUCCGCCUCAUGAGUUGCUUAGAUUCUCCCACAGCAUCCCCUCAACCAAAUUGACAGGAAAAGAAGGAAAUGGCGUUCCCAUUGGUUCUUAUGAGUUCGAUACAGCUGCAUUACCACAGAAAAUUGAACAAGAAGAAGCUGUCCCUGUCUUACGAGAAUCUGCCAAGUUAAACCAAGUCAAUCAUAACUCUCCACCUUCAUCGGAGCCAGACUGUAUCGUCAUUCCUAAUUUCCAGUUCAACAACUUCAGCGCUGAAAGAUUGGAGGGAAAGUUUGCACCUGGUCAGAUAUGGUCAUUGAACAGCAAAGAGGAUGGCUUGCCCAAGUGUUACGCAAAGAUUCAGCAGAUAGUAUGGAGGCCGGUAUUCAAGUUGCAGAUAAACCGGCUAGAGCCAAAAUCAUUGCUUGAGAACGUUAUACAGUGGCAUGACAAAAGAAUGCCAGUCAGUUGCGGAAAUUUCACUUUGAAGGAAGGCCGGGACGAGACACUCACUAAAGUGACUGAUUUUUCACAUCAGAUUAAGGCAGAAAAGCAUUUCAGGAUAAACGAGUACAUUGUUGUCCCCAAGACUGGCGAAAUUUGGGCAAUGUACAAGAACUGGAGUGAAACAAUCAAGGCCACAAGCUUGAAGAGGUGUGAAUAUGAGGUUGUUGAGGUUCUUGAUGACAAUGACAGUCACAUCGAGGUUAUGCUGUUGGAACAGGUUGAUGGGUUUAUUUCAGUAUUCAAGGAAAAAUUGGAAGGAGGCAUCGAUGUGAAGAAGAAGAUCCCAAGGUGUGAAUUGUUGAGAUUCUCACAUUAUGUUCCUGCAUUCCGCUUAACUGGAGAGAGAGAUGGAGCUCUUAGAGGCUAUGUUGAGCUCGAUCCAAGUGCGUUUCCCCUUAACUUGCGCAGGUCUUAGACUAAUUCUUGUAGGGAGGGUUGUUUCUUUGUAAGAACUAGUAGUAGUAAUGGCUUUUACAUUCUGUCGAAAUGUGUAGUUUUCAGUUCUAGAUUCAGACGUUAACUUCCAUCAAAAAAUGUGUUGAUGAAAAAACCUUUACCCUUAUAUGUGCCUCUUGCUCUGUCUUAUCACGUGUGUAAUACAGACAACUAAUGUGUGUCAAUUUCUGUCUUCACUUACCGUUUUUCGUUUGAGUUGAUUAGAAGAAACUAAAGCAAAG